AUGCAUCGGCUCGCAUCUGCACAACAGCCGGCCACAACGCCGCCGCUUGCCCUACCGCCGGCAACCCUUCUUGACUGCGGCCAGCAGGGUCACAUCUCGUCGCAGUGCGGCAUGGAGGCUCAGCCCAAGACCUGCUACAAGUGCAACGAGACCGGCCACAUCAGCCGUGACUGCCCCUCCAACCCCGCCCCUUCUUCCGGCGGUGCCGGUGGUGAGUGCUACAAGUGCGGCCAGCACGGCCACAUUGCCCGCGCUUGCCCCACCGGUGGCAGCGCUGGCGGCGCCUUCGGUGGCUCGCGCGGCGGCCGCAGCUGCUACAACUGCGGCGGCUUCGGUCACCUUUCGCGCGACUGCACCUCGGCCCCCAGCGGCGGCUCCGGCGCCGGCUACGGCGGUCAGCGCUGCUACAACUGCAACGAGACCGGCCACCUCAGCCGCGACUGCCCCAAGCCCCAGACCAAGAGCUGCUACCGCUGCGGUGCUGAGGACCAUCUCUCGGCUGCCUGCCCCACCGCCGCCUAA